AUGUUCGACGCCUUUCGUUCGGGUGGACGGAAAAUUAGGAAGAAGACGAAGACGAAGAAGAAGACAAGGACGAAGAAGACGAAGAGGCGAAUGAAGAAGGUCAGACUCCCGUUGGAGGAUACAUCCAGCUCCAACGUUCCCUUCCUUCCUAUCAUGAAACCAAUGAUGGCCUUCCCGCCCUCACGAAGAAGAAGAACAAGAAGACGGCGAUGA